CUUAAACAUACAUGCGCACAAUAAAGUGAGACGCUUGUUAGUGAUGUCAAAAAAACUCAAAAAUUGCAUAAAUCUAGCUAAACAAACGUGAAUGGUAAGUGCAGAUAAAUGUCUUCAUACUAACGAUGUAGUUUAUUAAAGUGUUUAGUCAACAAAGAGAGGUGCAGUAUAAAAAAGUGCAUCAGAUCGACACAAAAGACUGACUUAACCUCUUUCUCAUUGUCUUAAUCAUGUGCAACAAAGAUUAUUCAGUUACUAAAUACGAAUGAGAACUUUUUAUGAUUAUAAUUCAUAAUCUUUUUAACAUGUGGAGCAAUACUGCCACCUUUAUUACUAUUGUAAUUAUCGUGAAUUGUUUAACAAGUUCUUUUGCUCACAAUUGUUGGUCUAAGUUCUGUCAUAACACAACUAAAAAUCUUCCUGAAGAGGGCCUAAAAUGUUUGUUGAGUCCUAUUCAACAAGACGCAAAAUGUGCAAAUUUAAAACUUUUUAAUCCAGGACAUAUUCCACUCAAAGGAGUAACUCCAAAUGAUGUCAAAUUAUCAGCAUAUGUAGCUCAAUUUCCGAAAUAUCAUCUAGAACUAACAGCAUUUAAUUUUUCAAUAAAAAAUACCGAUUUUUAUAAAUUAACUACACGUUAUCAAGAUAUCGGUAACCCUAAACAAUCACACUGCCGAUACUUUCAAUUAUCUGGGCACAAUGAAACUGUUGAACUGCCAGAAUUAUUUGUAUCUUGUAUCUUCUCGAAUUCUUCAUUUGAAGGACAACCGUAUCGAUUAGAAUAUUUAAUUAGUGGUGAUAGUUAUGAAUACAGUAGAAAAUUUGUAUUCAAAGUUCCCCAUCAUUUAUCAAUACAUGAAAGUGUUGAGGAUAUUAAAUCAUUUAUUCCAUUUUUUUAUGUGGAUGUAUCAGAAGCUAAUGCAUUUAAUUUGUUUAUACAAAAAGUACCAGAAAAAUUUAAUGUUACGUUUUAUAAAGUUUGGCUCAUUAAUAAUGAUACCAACACAACUACAAUUGUCACCUUGUCAGCAGAAAAUUCAAAAGCUGAUAUGCAUUUGAGUUAUGUUUUUCCUGUUGAAGAAGGUGUGCAUUAUUUUAAAGUAGCUGCGAUCCAUCAAGGCUGCGGAGACUAUGGAUGCGUUAAUAGUACAUCACCUGCAAUCAAUACAAAAUUCCCAACAAGACGUCUAUUAAUCAUGAUUGUAAGUGUUGUUUGGAUCCCUCCUGUGAUAUUAUAUGCGAUUUAUUAUAUCUAUAAAUUAUAUCGAAAAAGAGACUUACUGAAAAGAAUAAAUAAAAAACCAAAUUGCUUUCUGGUAUACUCGCCAACGCAUUUAGCCCACGUAAAUGUUAUUACUAGUUUAGCUAAAUAUUUAAAAUCGUGCAAUAUUAAUACCAUGGUCGAUCAACUAGAUAUUCCUGAAAGUGAUACUAAAGAUCCUGGCCUUUGGUGUAAUAGAGCUUUUAAAAGUGCAGAUGUUAUUAUUGUUGCAUCGUCUCCUCCACUAACUGAUACUAAAGUGCCUGUGAUUUAUCAGAAUAUGGACAAUCAUGCUUUGAAAUUAAUUAAAGACAAUUUUGCACACAGGAAUAAAAGAUACGCUGCCGUUGAAUUUGCGUACUGUAAACCUGAUGACAUUCCUGAAGAAGCUCAGGUGUUUAAACGUUUUCGUUUGCCAGAUAAUUUAGAGAAAUUGGUUCGGUUUAUUUAUAAUAUUGAGCAGAUUCGAUUCUUUGAUACUUCGAGCGAAGAAUUGAUCGACAAUAUUGCUAUUGCGAUGAUGACUAUUUUACAUGAACGUCCAAACAGUUCUAAAAGUAUGAAAGAAACUGAUGAUCUCCUACCUGUGAGUAUGAAUCCUCUUAUCAUAAAAGAAAAUGAAUGUUUUAUAACUAAAAAACUUUCAAGUGAUAAUUUAAGCUUUAACAAUAUUCGAAAUUAUACAACAAAAUUAGAUGACUUAAGUUUACUUGGUGAGAAUUCAAAAAUUCAUGCUGAUAACAAUGAGUAUGAGUCUCAUAAAUGUAAUGGUGAGUUUUGCAUAAAUGAGUUGGAUUUAUAAAAUUUUUUUAUCGCAUUUUUUGGUAAUUUACGUAUUUUUUAACCGAAAAACGGAAUAUAUUUGAUGAAUAAUUAUUUAUUAAAACGAAGAGAUUUUAAUAUACAAUAUGCAGUAAAAACACAAACAUGGCACAUAACUAAAAGUUAAACAAUUUUUUACAUUAUAGUAAAUUCAAUAUACAUGUUCAUUAGAAUGAAUGAAUUAAUUAAAAGUAAUAGAAUAUUUCAAUGUAUA